AUGAACUCUGCUUCAGAUGCGAAUGCGCAAGAGCUGUUGGACCAGUUUCUGACCGAGAACCCGCCAAAGCAGCUCACCGACGCGUUGACGAAAUUUCUCUCCUCGCCUCUUCCGACUCUCCACCAUCCUGUGUCAUGGAUGCCGCCUGCGGACGAGGUAGCGGUGCGCCUGGACCUCGUUCGCCAGUUGCAAAAGAACUUUAUCAAAUCGAUCUGCGGGCUCGAGCGAGACUUUAUGUUUACCGCAUCUUAA